ACAGGCUGGGAGGCAAAGGCUGGCUGCCAAGUUUACUUUUCUUUGAAUAAAUGCUCUCUUGGAUCAGCUGCGUGCGGGAAGACUAAAGGAACUGUUAGGGGAUUUAGCUGAAACUGUCUCGUAACUCCGUUUUGGGGGAGAAAGCGGCAACGACAACAACAACAAAAAAAAACAAAACGAAAGGCAGGGGAGGAAAAGCAGCAAGCUAACCGUGCUGGAGAUCCCACCUGCCAAACGCCGGCGGAGCAGAGCGCUUGUCCGUCUGUCUGGCUGGUGAGCCCGACGAUCACAUGCAUCCCUGUCCUGCCCCCUCCCUCCGCAGCCCUCCGUCCCGCUGCGCUCCUCGCAACUUUUGCAAAACUAGCCCAAAGCGGAGGCAUUUUUCGCAGGCAGGCUCCUUCAGCCCUCUGCGUCUCCUGGAGGGGGGGGGGAGGUUCGCCAGCUGCCAAGGCUCGCUGUUUUCCCUGUUUCCAAAUAAAGUUCUGGGACUUGCGGAGGAGAUUUCUGCAAAAGCAAACGAUAAUGAUUGCCCUUAGCAAGAAAGGCUCAUGUUCUUCUCAACUCUGCCUCGCUCUCUGCGCCUUUGGGCUGGCAUUGCUGGGAGAUGUGUCCCGGGCUGUACCCAUGGACGAUCAGGAUUAUUACCUGCAGGAGAUUAGCAACAGGGAUCAUUAUUAUUCCUUUCCGUAUCCCGGUGAAGAGUUUUUUCCUUUCACGGAGCAACCUGGAGAGGAAGGACCUAUCCGUGCUGCAGCGACAGAGGAGCACCCAGGGUUCAAACCGAGCAGGAAAGAGUUAAAACCGAAGAAAGGCAACAAAAAAGGAAAAUCCAUUCUUGAAACUCCACCAGAUUGUCCUCCACUUGGUCUAGAGACAUUAAAAAUUACUGAUUUCCAGCUCCAUGCCUCUACAGCAAAGCGGUAUGGCCUUGGGGCCCACAGAGGAAGGCUUAAUAUUCAGGCAGGUGUUAAUGAAAAUGAUUUCUAUGAUGGCGCUUGGUGUGCAGGAAGAAAUGACCCCUAUCAGUGGAUUGAAGUAGAUGCUCGAAGGCUAACAAAAUUCACUGGAGUCAUCACACAAGGAAGAAACUCUCUCUGGUCGAGUAACUGGGUGACCUCUUACAGAGUAUUGGUGAGCAAUGACAGUCAUGCAUGGACUGCUGUCAGAAAUGAAUCUGGAGAUGUGAUUUUUGAAGGAAACAGUGAGAAAGAGAUCCCAGUUCUCAAUAUGUUGCCGGUGCCACUGGUUGCACGCUAUAUCCGUAUAAACCCCCGGUCCUGGUUCGAAGAAGGUAGCAUCUGUAUGAGACUGGAAAUCUUAGGGUGUCCUUUGCCAGACCCAAAUAAUUAUUACCACAGAAGAAAUGAAAUGACAACCACAGAUAAUCUUGACUUUAAGCAUCACAACUACAAGGAAAUGAGGCAGUUGAUGAAAACUGUGAACAAAAUGUGCCCGAAUAUCACAAGAAUUUACAAUAUUGGAAAAAGUAACCAAGGACUAAAGCUGUAUGCUGUCGAGAUUUCUGACAACCCAGGAGAACACGAAGUUGGUGAACCAGAAUUUCGGUACAUUGCAGGAGCUCAUGGGAAUGAAGUGCUUGGACGCGAGCUAAUCCUUUUGCUAAUGCAGUUUAUGUGCCAGGAAUACCUGGCUGGGAACCCACGCAUUGUACAUCUCAUUGAGGAUACCAGAAUCCACCUCCUGCCCUCAGUCAACCCAGAUGGAUAUGACAAGGCAUAUAAAGCGGGUUCAGAAUUAGGGGGCUGGUCUUUAGGACGAUGGACUCAGGACGGCAUUGACAUCAACAAUAAUUUCCCUGAUUUAAACUCUUUGCUCUGGGAGUCGGAAGAUCAGAAGAAGAGUAAAAGAAAAGUUCCAAACCAUCACAUCCCAAUCCCUGACUGGUACCUCUCUGAAAAUGCCACCGUGGCAGUUGAGACACGGGCAAUAAUAGCAUGGAUGGAAAAAAUUCCUUUUGUGCUGGGUGGCAAUUUGCAGGGAGGAGAGCUGGUGGUGGCAUACCCCUACGACAUGGUGCGAUCGAUGUGGAAAACCCAGGAUUACACGCCUACCCCAGACGACCACGUCUUUCGCUGGCUUGCGUAUUCCUAUGCCUCCACGCACCGGCUGAUGACAGAUGCGAGGAGGAGAGCGUGUCACACAGAGGAUUUCCAAAAGGAGGAUGGAACUGUUAAUGGAGCCUCCUGGCAUACCGUGGCGGGAAGCAUAAAUGACUUCAGUUAUCUGCACACUAACUGCUUUGAGCUAUCCAUCUAUGUUGGCUGUGACAAGUAUCCCCACGAGAGCGAGUUGCCUGAAGAAUGGGAAAACAACCGCGAGUCCCUGAUUGUUUUUAUGGAACAGGUCCAUCGGGGCAUCAAAGGCAUAGUAAAAGAUGUGCAUGGAAAGGGAAUCCCAAAUGCUGUUAUUUCAGUAGAAGGUGUUAACCAUGACAUUCGCACAGGAGCCGAUGGGGAUUACUGGCGUCUUCUCAACCCCGGGGAAUAUGUGGUGGGCGUGAAGGCGGAGGGCUACACCACCGCCACCAAGACCUGCGAAGUCGGCUACGACAUGGGAGCUACCCAGUGCGACUUCACCAUCUCCAAAACCAACCUGGCGAGGAUCAAGGAGAUCAUGAAGAAGUUUGGGAAGCAGCCGAUCAGCCUGUCCCUCCGGCGGCUCAGGCAGAGGGCUCGGCAGUGGCAGCAGCAGCGAUAGAUCUCAGCCCGGCAGCCCGCGGCGUCCACGAGCUCUGCUUCUAUCAGCCUGGCUGUAGUCGUAGUGAGAGUUACAUAGCCCGUCUCUUCAUACGUAUUUCUCUGCACGAGGCCUUUCUGUUAGUGGAGCUGGAUGAAUAGUGGGGUUUUUCAGUUUGGCGAAAAAUCGGAAGCAAAAUUCAAGUCGAACCAAAAUAAGCCCCAGGUUGGGGGGAGAGGCAGGAAGAAUGUAGAAAGUUGUUUUGACUUAACCUGGAAUGAAAUUGUUUGCUUGUUGGGUUAUUUAAUCCUUUGUAAAUCUGUUUUCUUUAAAAAUAGAAAAAAAGGAAAAAAAAAAAAGAGAUACUUGUAAAGGAGAAGUGUUGUUUUGAAUGAAAAGCUGAAACAUGUUGUUUCUAAAGUAUAAAAUUGGUAUAUUUUUGCAAUUCAAAAAAGUUUUGACACUCUUUACAUUUUAUUCUCAUAUGGAAGGAAAGCUGAGAGGGGACAACUUCUGUUGAAUAUCAUAAAAAAUUUGUGUCAAAAUUUCGGUCCCCCUUUCCCUGAAAGUCUACCUUUUGACAAGCACCAUAAUAUUUGGGGAAAAAAACCUGAAGCGAAUAACCCACCUUAGCUUUCCUGCUUGGGUUGUUUAUAUUUAAGGAUAUCUUGUGAUUCUCGAGUUUAAUGCCAGGUUUUCUCCUCUGGCUUUUUAAGGCUGUGUUUUUACUCCGUGAACUAAACCUAGGGAAAAGGGUAUGGGAUAAGGACCACUUCGGCAUGUGGCAUGACUCCCCUUCUCUAACCUGGGAGAAGGACUUGAAACAAAGCUUUUCUUGUGGAUACAGCCAGUCGUAUCACGUGUAUGAGAGGAGAGGCUUGGUCACUGAUAUGUGCAUAGUUCACAAAUCCACUGAUAACAACCUUUUUUCUUGAUUUUUGGCCUGCCUAUAAGUGCCUUUUGUGCUCAUGCACACCUUGUGCCACUGUCUUCUAUGACAUGCAAGGGAUUUGGUAUUCCUCUGCAUGGUCUGCUCAUCUUGCCACUGCAGCUGCUGCUGCUUUUUCUGGCCUUACGACUCUAUGGGAGCAGGAUUUGUGCUUUAUUAUUGGCUUUUAAGUAACAGAAUUGUACGGCAGGACAGGAUUGAGGUUCAGGAAAGAUGCAGAUCAGAUCUAAGAAAGAAUGAACUAAAUAAACACUGGACAGUAUCAGCUGGUGAAAAUCAGCUUUGCUCCAUUAGCUUCAAUGUUAUGACCUUAAUUAUACCAGAUGAAGGACCAGCUGUAUGACUUUAGCCAGUCAGAAGUCUGUGGCUAAAUAAACAUUUCUUAAUAUGCUUGGUAGAAAGACUGCAGCGUACACUUCCAAAUACAAUUCUGUUUAAAACAUUUUAAUUGCUAUUACAGUUUUUGCCUAUUUGAUAUGAUUCUUGGAAAAGACAUUCACCAAAGUAUCAUUCAAAACUGAGGAAAAAUAAAGUGCAAGUAGAAAACUUACUGUAAAAAUACCAUGUGCCAUCUGUAUUAAAUCUUUUUUCUUGUUAAUGAAUCUUGCAAACACAUAAAAGGCAAAAGAUUGCAGAAUGAAUAAUAUAAUCAUGAAACCUUGCAUAAUAAAUAGUCAUAUUCUUAAAUUUCUUAAACAAUUCCAGCCCAUGCUUGUUCUGCAGAUUCCAUUAAAUAACAGCAAUGUAUCUGGCAGCAAGGGCUGAAAGAAAAUAGAAGAGUGCAUACGUUAUUUCCUAUAACUUGAAUUAUGGAACUCCAGCUCCCAGUCAGCAUCAUUUAAAUUAAGUAAUAGAGGUAAACAAAUAAUCCAAUCAUUACAUUAGCAUUUGGAAUUAUAUUUUACUUAUUUCACUCUAUUUACCACCCUUACAACAUUCUAUAUGCCAUAUAUUUUUGUAUAACAAAUUUAACAGCAAAUUGUCAGGAAGGGUUGUUUUUGGCAGCUGAGAAGGGAUUAAUGAUGUAUUUGUGCAGGUAGCAAUGUGAAAUAAGUUUGGAAUGUGGAGUAAUGACAGCAGACGUUUUGCUAGCAGUUUAAUUUGGCUUGUUCAUUGGCAUGUGUAGAUUUUGUUACCACCACAAUAGAUCAGGGCCAUACAUGAUUUUUUAUGGGUUUUUUUUGUUAUGAACUGAUGGAGUUUCUUAGGUGGCUUCUCUCUCGAGUCCCACGGAGGCUACCCAGUCAUCUUGCUGGGGAUGGUUGGGAUGCACAGGCAAACGAGGAACUAACCAGCCAAAUUUAAAUCACUGAUAAUCAGAUUGAAGGUGGAAACCACUGUCUUAGUCCUGGCAGGUCAGUUCUUUCUACCGUGAAAUUAUGUUUCAGGCUGGUUUGAGAUUUACUUUACAAACCUAGAGGUCCCAAUGCUUUGUUCUCAGGUAUGAGGUUAUCUCAAUGAGAAGGGGUUUUUUAUUUAAUAACAAGAAGUGGGUUUGAUGGGAAAUUCUUCAAUGCCUAUUAGCUAAAAAUUAGAUGGACUCUGAUUGCUGAAGACCUCAGUAACAUCAGAUGCUGAAGACGGUGGCCUUGGUGCUCUUUACUGGCCGUGACUAGUGCUUACGCAUACUUGGGCACAGCAGAACUAUGACUAAUGCAGGUGACCUUACUCCAUUUUAGCCCAGGCAUUACUAAAUAAAUGGCCUAAUAGCUGUCAAGUGUACUUGUCUGUGCAAUUAUUUUUUGAUUGUCCAGCACCUUUACACUGGAAAACACUCAAGUUCAAAAGGAUUUUACUAGGAACUUCAGAUGCGUGAAUAUCCCAUGCUGAGAUAAGAUGCUUAUGCCUGCCCUGAAUAUAAUAAUACUGAACUGAUGUGUGCCCUAUUUACUGCUAUAGUUAUGCACUUGGGAGUUAAAAUGUUCAUUUUCUUUGAAAUACAUAGCACCACUAUUUAACGUUUGGAUAGACCCAAACCACAAACCAAUAAAUCUGGAUCCCAGUGUUUUCUAUUUAUCUAUCUUUUCCACAUCUUUAGAACAGAUAAUUUUUUUCUAAAUUCUGUGCUUUUAAUCUCUAUUCCUUUCAGUGUUUUAGGAAAAUAGGCAACCCUACAGAAAUGACAGGAAAUAAAACUUGAGGACGGAUAUGAUCCUUUUAUAAUUACAGAUCCAUUUUAACAGCUACGUAUAUGAGGACUUUGCUAAACUUUGAUCAUCCCUGAUGUAAAAGAAAAAAAUACAAUCCCUUCCAAGUAAUAAGAAAUUCAGCUGCACAGUCUCACCCACACAGUAAAGGUUAAACAAAUAAAAGGUUAAACCAGGACAUAUUCCACUCUUCUUGGUAACACCAGCCAUCAAGUCAUCUGCUCCCAUGCAGAGCCCUGACAAUCAUAAAACACAGCGGGAGCUGGCUGGCUUCUUGACUAUCCACAUCAUUCUAUCCAGCUAUUCAUUUUUUAUCUAAUUGUCGUAAUUUUUAUCAGCCCAUAUCUCAGUUUUUCUCAUCCAUCAUAGUAACUACAAGAAUGCUAACCUCUCAAAGGCAGAUCUCAGUAUCUGCUAAUCAGCUUGUGAAUGCUGAAGCCAAUAAAGCUGUAUCUACUAAAACUAUAUCUGCUUGCACAUGUUGGUAUAAAUGUAGUGGAUCUUGGUAAUCUCUAACCCAAAUUUAAUCUGUUGGCACGGGAAGGCUGUUAGGAGUAUCUGAGUAUCUCUUUUAUGAGGAGGUUGAGCUCUGUGUGGGUAAAACACACUGAUAAAAAUGAAUGUAAAUAAACUUACUGACACUGCUGGUGAAGAAACGCAUUUUUUCAUUGGAUAUUUUAAGCCCGUCACGUAUUUUCAGCUUCUGUCACAAGCUACUUUCCCUUCUUUUAUCCAUGUAUAGUUGUGCUUUUUUUCCUCUAACUUCAGCUCAUUAUUUUCAGUGGAUUUGGGACAUCCUCUCAAAGCAUGGAUUUCAGCAGUCAGUGACGGACUUAUGCAGCCAGAUUUCAUUGCCUCUUUUAUCAUGCAGUGGCAGGUGGUUGACCUUUUUGAGAAACACUGGAACAGAGAGGAGUUAACUUGAAAUAGAGUACAAGUGGUUUCACACCAAUGACUUUCACUCCUUUAAAAAUUGGCAUAUAUUUGCUAUGGGUUUGAAGAUGCCCCAGUUUGGAGGCGAAAGUGCUUCUUUACCAUUUAUCUUUGUAAGCAGUCUCUGUGUGUAUUUAGUCAGGUUGCAGCUAUAAGCCUGAGGGGGGAAAUGUCAAAGCACAUACGGGUCGUAUAAAUUGUGGUAGCAUCACCUCCUGCUGCAGUACACUGCUAUGCCGGCAUGGAAACACCGCGGGACAAACAGUUCUGUGUACACUUACCAACUACCCAGCAGGAGCCCAAAGAAGCUCUCUUUCAUACUCACUAAGAGAAUAAAACUUUCUAAAAGUCUUUUUCCUUUCUUACUGGAGCAGGUGCAUACAUGGAGAGAGGGUCUGUGAUUUUUACAGUUGAUUUAAUGGAUAAUUUUAGUACCACUUUUGCCUGUGGUUUUUUGUGCUAUCAUAGCGGCAAGCAGUUUUCUCAGUCCUUUCCAGUCCUUAAUAAAUGGCUAUGAAUGCU